AUGUCAAUGUUCAGGUCCGCAGCAGAUAUUUCGUCCUCCGACCCAGAUUCAGACUCGGAUGAGGGAGAGUACAGUGGUCAACAAACACGCAACCCCAACGGCGGAGGGACCUCUGGGCCUCGAAGCAACGGCCGCGACGAAGGCAAAGGCAAUGCUUCUGCGAAUCUGUCAAGCAGCGUGGACUCAACCAGUGAAGUAGAUUCUUCAAUCUCACGAGAUGAUAUAUCUGCUUUGUCACAAGACGCUCUGGGCGCGAAUGUGGAGCGCCAUGCAAACUUUAUGACAGCCGCUCUACUAGAGUUCUACUGCCAAAGUCGAGCGGCAGACAUCCUCAAUGCACAGAAGGGCUCGAGUAAAAGGUUCACUCGAAACUGUCCAGAGGCACAAUAUCUCGGCAAGAAGCUGUACAAGUACAAAUCCCAAUUUCUCGCAUCACACGGCGUGCUAGCAGAUGGCGUUGAAAAGGAAGAGUUGGGCGGAACAAGACAGACAUACCGUGAUAAUCUGGACCUGCUUGGGCUCUCUGCCCUAGAGGACCUGAACUUGAACGAGACUCAGCCGCCAACACCGAUUGAAGGCAGUGAGGAGCUUGCUCUAGUAUCGAAAAACCUUUGGGCUCGUCAAGGAGUCAGUGUGGCAGACAGCAACACUCAUUUUUGGAAGGUACCCGGGGAGAAUGCUACUUUUCGUAAGGAUAUACCUACCGCCAGCAAUUUCAAGGUACUGGAAGGUAUCCCCAUCGGCACCCCUAGCCUGCCAGCGCCAUCGAGACCGUUGUUUGGAAGCUCGCCCGUGAGUAUGCCUCUAUUCAACGGACCAGCCGUGCCUCCAUACAACAACAUGUCACGUUACUCGGUUGAGUUCACCGAGCUUAAAGUUCUCGGCCGUGGAUCCUUCGGGGAGGUGUAUCAUGUCACCAAUCAUAUUGACGGACAGGAUUACGCUGUCAAGAAGGUUCCCAUUAGCCAGAGGCGCCUUGAUCAGCUACAGUACGGCGGACAAAACCAGCUGGAAACCAUCAUGAAAGAGAUUCGGACACUUGCUCGGCUUGAGCACACCAAUAUUGUUCGAUACUAUGGCGCUUGGAUCGAGCAGGCGCAUGUAUCGGGUCGUGGACAUUUCGAGCCACAAGCGCACACCAGAUACGAACCGCCCCAUAUUGACAUACCAAGCCGUGAAACAACCAACGAACCCAGCAUGGGCAUCGUAUUCGAGCAUUCUGAGAGCUCGGCAGUGGAGUCGCAUGCUAGUAGUUCAUUGCCUGAUGAACAUGGUUUUUCCACCCGCAUCUCGCGUUGGGACAGCCACGCUACAUCGUCGUCUCGUCGUUCGAAAAAGAGCUCGGGAACAGCACUUGAGGAUGAUGACGAUAUCGAGUCCAUUCCUCGAAACUUUGAGAAUCCCUCCUAUGGCCAGACUUCCACAUUUGGCGAAACGGAUGAUAUCUUCACCGACGGGUUGAGCCAGGAUCAGUCGAGAUUCCGAGUUCAACGACAGCACCGUUUUGGCCAACAAGCACCCGCUGUCAUUCUCCACAUCCAAAUGUCUCUUCACCCAAUUUCUCUCAGCUCUUAUCUGAACCCACAGUCAGCGGAGAAAGCCAAUUCCGAUAACGGCUCCCCCUCACGACGUCAUUGUUUCCAUUUGAUGCCGUCACUGAGACUGAUGCUGGACAUUAUCUCGGGCGUCGAGUAUUUGCACUCGAAAGGAAUCGUCCACCGUGAUUUGAAACCAGCAAAUAUCUUCCUAUGCGCACCAGAGAGCACGACCUUGAAUAUCUGCGCCACCUGCAAGUCUGAUCCUGCGUCGCCGACCCAUUUCUGCCGUCCGCGUAUUGGCGAUUUUGGUCUGGUUGCAGACAUUUCGCACUUAAAUGAGACUACUGAAGAGAACGCCAUCACGCCGUAUCAUGGAGGUCCCAAGAUACAGCGAGUGGUUGGCACGGAGUUCUACCGACCUCCCGCAAAUUCGAGCUCAUCAGAACCCUUGGAAUAUUUUGAUGAGUACAAGAUUGAUGAGAAACUUGACGUGUAUGCUUUGGGUGUGAUCUUGUUCGAGCUUCUUUAUCGUUUGAAUACCAAGAUGGAACGACAGACGGUGUUGAAUGAUCUUACUCGACGGGCAGGUACCUUCCCGACUGACUUUGCGGUCAAGAUCGACCAUCGUGGGAUGCAACUUCCGACAGGACUUACUGUCGCCGAAACCAUCAUGAAUUGCAUCAGGGGAAUGUUGGACCCACAAUCGCAGCGGCGAUGGAGCCUCCAAGAAGUCAAGGAGCACCUGCGCCCCAUCUACAAGUGCAUCAAGCACUUGUAA